AUGCUUGCAGAUCUAGGGUCAGAUUCUUCCGUGGAAACAAGUGUUCUUUUGCCAGAAACUAAUGAGAAGAAGUCAAAGAAGUCGAAGAAAACUGAUGCUGGGUCUUUGGGUACCAAGGUUAAGCCAACCAGUUCUUCUAAAAGUCCGAAGAAGGUUCCUGUUAUUGAAGUCGAGCCAAUCCAACCGGAGCCUAUUAUUACUGAUACCCAGUUAACUAAAAAGGAAGUUAUUCCUUCGAAGACUGGUGUAUUUAGAAGAAUCAAAAUGAAAUCGAAGUCGAAGCGUAAGGGACGAUCCUCUAUUACGAAUAUUGUUUGCAAACCUCAAGUUUCACAUCAAGGGGUAAUUUUUCGUGAAGUACCUGCUCCUGCUUCACUGACUUCGAAAAAGAGAAUAGCUACUGACAUGGAAAAACAAAUCUCACAGAAAAAGCGGCGAAGGGUGAUUCUUUCCUCAGAAUCUACUGCAGAUGAGGGUGAAAUUAUUCCAGAGACACUUAAGGCAACUUUGAUUAAAGAUUCUUCUCAACUGGAUACUUCUGUUAGUACACCACCCGAAGCUUUGUUUGCUAAAACAGUUAGUGUGGAGGCACGAACUUCAGACAUCCCUGUAAACAUAUCUGAUAUGGAUACAAAUGUCAUCAUGGGUGAGGACGAUUCGAAUAAAGCAGCAAAAGGUAACCCUUCGAGUGUUGUUUCAGAUUCUUUCAUUUCUUUACCUACACAGAUCACUCCCAUUGUUCCUAUAACAUCCACAACUGAUUCUCCAACCUUUGGAAACAUUAUUUCACAACCUUUCACAUCUUUUUUUUCUUCACAAUCAACUGAUCCACCAGCCACUACUUCUCCGAUAAAAGAUUCAUUCAUAGAUACAGAAAAUGAGUCUGAAAUUUUUGGGGGAACCUUUGAGAAUUUGGAGUUUGAUGAUUAG